AUGUCGAGAGGAACAGGCCGUCUUAUCAAGAACUUGAAGCAAUUUGCGGACCUUCAGUACAAGCUGUUCACUCGCCGCUAUGGCCAACAAUUGAUAGACAUCUUUGAAUUCCCUGUGAAGCUCGUGUUAUCUCCGUUCACGCUUGCCUACGACAUUGCUGGCUCGGCUCCACGUGGGUUCGGCGUGCCCGAGUUCAUCUCCAAAGUCUCAUACUCUGCAAUUUUCGUUGUUGCAACUCUUGGCACUUAUGAUAUUGCAUUAGAGCUGGGAAAGAAGGUGCUGUGUCAGAGGAACUGUCAGACUUGCAAUGGAUGGCAGGCAUUGCAGUGUACGAUGUGCAAAGGCUCAGGGAAGGUGCAAUACCAGGUGAAAAAUUACACCUUAAAAAGUGGAGAGAAGGCAACGGCUGAAUGCAUUGCGGAUGCCAUUGCCGAGAACCGAGCUGAGUUGGUGCACCUUCCUUCCACCAUGGAUCUUCAUCUGCCAUUACCAUCUAAAGAUUGCCCAAGUUGUGAUGGAUCGGGUGUGAUGAAAUGUGCAGAAUGCAAAGACAAGUUACAAAUUAGGAUCUCUGCAGAUGAUAUAAUGGAGCCUCCAUGGAAAGCAUAUAACAUCAUGAGAAAGAUGGACUACCCUUAUGAGCAUAUUGUUGACAGCAUGAGAGACCCCAGCAUUGCUGCAUUCUGGUUGAUCACCCUGCCUCAGAUUGUAGGAGGAUUUGAAUAUGAUGACGAUGUCAAGCAGAAAAUUUGGUGGCAAUAUAAGGAAUCUAUGCGGUAUGAUCAACUCCGUGAUGUGGUAGCUAAGCGGAAACCUGGGUGGGAGUACUUGCAAGAAGCCCUAAUCUCCAUAGAUCCUGCCCGUGCUAGGGAUGAUCCUGUUAUUGUGAAAAACAUCCCUUACUACAAGGCCAAGAAGGCACUGGAAACAGAAGUUAUGAAGUUUGAUCCUCCACCACGACCUCAAAAUUGGGGGGACCUGAACCUUCCGCUGAAUGCGUCCUCCUGGAGUGUCGAGGACCUCAAAGAUCCAAAGAAAUUAUAUGAGAUGACAGUUCUUCUCAAUGCCCAAAGAGAAAUUGCUGAGAAAAUCUUGGAUACACAGUGGGAAACGAAGUGGCGCCAAGAAAAGUUGAACAAAAUGUUGGAAGAAAAGGUGCAGCCAUUCAUUCAGAAUAUUGACAACGCUGUGCUCUCUCAGCCCAUAAUAAUACAAUCGCAAAAGAAUCAAGAUCAAAAGAAAAAGAAUCGACAACGACGAUGGUGGUUGUUUUGA